AUUUCAUAUAAAAUGCCACAGUCAGUUGCUGGGUCUGUAAGAUCCAAGAAAUCGUACAGAAGUGUCAGAUCCAAGGGAUCUUACGUUGAUGAAUCUCUUUUUGGCAGCGACAAAAAGAAAAUCAAUGGGAAUGCAAUGUCUAGAGCCGGUGCUACUAUUGUUUCUGUGAAUGAAUUAAGAAAAGUUAGGGAACAAACUGAAAAGGGAUUACAAAAAGACGCUAUUAUCUUACCAAAAUCUGAACUUGACAGGAUCAGGCUUGCUAGUAAAGUUGUCACCAAGGACCAGCAAAUGCAUGAGACCCAACUAGCCAAGGAACAGAAGGAACAGCAGAGAAUUAUGUUCGAGGCCAGAAAGAAGCGUAUGAGGCAAAUGGAUAAGGAAAGAGCAAAUAAACUUCCUCCUAGUGAAUUCCAAACGGAAGAGACACAAAAGAAAACCGGCUUACUAAACAACGCCCAAAAGGCUCUUGAUGAAGAGAUGGAUGAUGUCAAAACCAUGAACCAGAUGGUCCUCUACUCUAAAUGCGUCACGAUUAGGGAUAAACAGCUCGAGGAGCAGAAGCGUCUUGAGCAAGAGUACCUCGAUGAGAAUAAAAGACUUGACAUAAUGAUGGAAAUAGAAAGGCUUAAAAGUAUCAAGCAUCGUGAAGAGAUAGAGCACCAAAGGAGAGAAGCCCAGAAGCAAGGUGCCUUAGUCAUCAUUGACCAAAUAAAAGAGCGUGAGUUAGAAAGAAUCAACCAACAGGAGCUACUCGAGAGGGAAAAACAACAAAUGGCCGAACAAAUCGAGAAGCUCAAGGCUGAGGAAGAAGAAACUCUGCAGAGAGAAAGAGUAAAGGCCAAGAAGCUCCUCAAUGAGGUGGAGGAGUCAAACAGAGAAGCCCUCAGCGAGAAGGAAAAGAGAAGAAGAGAAGAGCUCAGAUUAGACAACGAAAUUUUGGAAUACAAUAUGGCUAAAGCCAAGCUUGAGGAAGAAAGAGAAAUCGAGAAGAAGAAACUCCAGGAACAAAAGGAGAAAGAUAUCCAAAAGUUAAGAGAUCUACAGGAAAGAGCUGCUGAUAGGCAGGCUGAAAUAGAUGCUUUAAGAGCCAAAAGAGCCUUUGAAGAACAAGAGAGAAGACAUAGAGAGAAUGAACGCAAGGAAAGAGAACAUCAGCUCAAAGUCAUGAGGGACAUGGAAGAAGCCAGAGAGACUCAGUUCAGAGAAAGAGAGAGGUUACUAGCUGAGCAAGCCAGACAGGAGAGAGACGAAUUUUCUAGGAUUAUCAGAUCUCAAAAAGAAGAAGCUGAGAAGGACAGACAGGUUAGUGGUGAAAAGAAGAACAUUCUCAAAGAGCACUCCUUGCAGUUGAGAACACAGAUCAUCCAAAACGAGGAGACAACCAAGCAGCAGAGACUGGAUUACCUGGAAGAAGGUAGAAGAGUAAGACAGAAUCUCGAAAAUGAAAGAAAGAGGCUUGAAGAAAUUAAGCAUUCUAAACUGGGUGAAUUGAAGACCCUUGGAAUCUCGGAUAAAUAUCAAGCUGAUCUUUCAAGGAAGAAGAUCUCCUUCUAAGUUGAUGUUAUUUCAUGAUAGUGGUAAUUCAACAUUUUAUUUC